UUUGAUGGUGCUUUGAACUACAAGUUUUAAUUUGAAAAUUUGGCCGGAAGAUAGUGUUUUCAGUGCUGUGAACGCUUCCUUGACGCAGCUCGGCAGCGAUGCCUGCCAUCACUGUACCUGGAUCACACAGUCCUGCGUCCAGCUGCGUCCUCGCGCACCACACCAAAGCGUGCCAGGCGCGAGACAGGUUAUUACUGGCCGGAGGUCGGACAGCUCUUUCCUCCCAGGUAUCAGUGAAGGAUGCCAAAAAAGGAUAGAGGCGUCCCCUGAGACCCAGCUGCUGCCUGUCGACAAGAAAAAGGAGCUCACCACAUCUGGUGCCUGGAUGAAUGCAUUAACCCGCUAGCAUCCAGCAGCUAGCUGGUACCUGACGUUAACACCGAAAAUCACGAAUGUCAUCUCUCGUUUCCGGUGGACAACCGUCGACAUGAGUGUUCAGUAAACACUGGGCCGGUUUUCGAGCGGUACAUCGUGUCCGGAGAAGAAGCUGUCUGACCAGUGUAGAAAUGGCUUUCAUAUAAACACAGGGAGCUAACGGAGCUAGCCAGCUAGCUUCAUAGAAACACUGCGGCAGGGUGUAGCUGCCCUGCUAGCUAACAUGGACUGUCUGUUAUCCGCGGAGUGUGACGGUGUCUCCGAGAGGUAAAUACAAUGAGCACUUUGAAUUCGGUAGUCAGCUAGAAGGCCGACACGACAAUGGAGUCUUUCCUGCAGAUAGCGCCCCAUUCCCUGGCCAUAGUACUAUCCAGGGUCGCGGCUGGGGAGGCGGUGGAGGCGGUGGGGGCGGUGGGGGUAUCUGAGAGCGAUGAGCUGCCGAGGCACCACACCGGCUAUGAGAUUUUUGCCGAUUUCAAAGCGGAGAACACCCAGCAACAUGUGUGGAACCAGCGGAUUACCGAGGCUGUGUCAGAGACCUUCUUCCUGGGAUGGAUAGACGAGCAUGUGCUGUUGAUUCAGGGCAAAGAGGACCAUCUUGAGGUGCUGAGGGAAGGAUGGAUGAGAAGGUCCCUUAAUCCGCCACGGGGAUUCACCAUCAAAUACCUGGGUGAUGUGUCACCCAUCAGUAUGUCCCCCAUCAGCCAAUCGCAGUUCAUCCCUUUGGGAGAGGUAUUGCUAUUGGCUAUCUCUGCUAUGAACUCCGCCCAUAAGCCUGUCACUCAGGACGCCCUAACUGAACACCUGCAGACAUGUUUUCCAGGUGUUCCCACACCAACGGAGGAGGUUCUGCACCAUACACUAAGCAUGCUGGUCCGUGAGCGAAAGAUAUACCCAACACCCGACGGAUAUUUUAUUGUAACUCCGCAGACUUACUUCAUCACUCCGAGCCUAAUCCGAACCAGUUCUAAGUGGUACCACUUAGAUGAGCGAUCCACUGACCGACAUCAGCAGCAGCAACAACAUCAGAACCAACAGCAGCAUCAGCAGACACAGUGCACCUCUCCUCUCUCUGGCACCAUCACCCCAUCCACCUCUGGAGUUGUGCGAGAUCGAACACACCCAAAAUCCAGUCAAAACCACAGUGGGGGAGGUGGGGAUUCUUUUUACAACAAUUACCGUGGUGAAGAUCCCCCUAGCCACCACACAACCCUGCAGCGCCGAUCCCCCAAAGACCAUCGGGAGGCAUACUCAUCCACACACUCCCCACAAACACCUCCUCAGCAAGCAGGAGGCAACACAGAAAAGAGUCGCAGCACCCUCGGGUUCCCCUUCAAGACGGACACGCUCACCAAGCACCGAGGAGGGGGAGGUGGCGGAGGAGGAGGAAGUGGAGAGAUAGACAAACAAACAGGUGGAGGAAGUGGUACAGGAAGUCGGAAAUUUGGUUUGAAACUGUUCCGUCUGAGCUUUAAAAAGGACAAGGCCAAGCAGUUGGCCACCUUCUCUGCACAGUUCCCCCCUGAGGAGUGGCCACUCCGUGAUGAGGAGGCACCCAGCCAGUUGCCACGCCAUGUAGAGAUGGAGAUAAUCCGCAGAAUCAACCCUGACCUCACUGUGGAGAACCUUGCUCGGCACACAGCGGUCAUGAAGCGCCUCGAAGAAGAGCGUGCUCAGAGGAGCAAAGCAUCGUCAGCCAAUCAGAGCUCCAGAAGUAGGAGAAGUGGGGGUAGACACAGGAAGCAGUCUCAGACCAAACUUAACCGCUCGCAUAGCAAGACGAGGGCGUCCCGUGGUGAGCCGAGUGAUGGUUCCCACUUGGAGCUGGCUGACAGGGACUACAGAGCCUAUUCUUCUUCACUGGCUCGGUCACCAAGGGAACACGCCCUGGCCAUGGAGCGGCAGCGGGCCCGGCUUCACCUGGCACACAGCAACCCCAACAUCCUUGACUCCUCCCACCUGCCUGUUACACCAGAGUGGGAUGUGUCUGGAGAGCUCGCCAAGCGACGCACAGAAAUGCCUUUCCCUGAGCCAAGCCAUGGCCCAUCAGCCCACCACUCCAAAGUCCACCGCUCACACUCACACACCCAGGAGAGGAAGUCCAGGAACGAACGCAGCGACAAGGCCAAGGAACGUUCCAGAUCCAUGGACAAUUCGAAAGGACCACUUGGAGCUGGGUUGAUUGGACCACCUGAUUAUUAUGAUGACCGGAGCCGUUACUAUACUGACGAUGGCACCUUGCGAGCCAAUCAGAGCUCUUCUCACUACUCUCGUGCUACACCACCCUCAGCUAAACUGCCUGUGGAUUCUCUGGGGUUGGAUGGUGGCAGGAGCUUAGAAAAGAGUAAGAGCAGGGACAGUCUACCAGCUUACUCACCCAAACCACUGCCCACCUCUGUCCCUCCUGAUGAUUACUUCCAAUGUGCCAGCUCCUCUGAGGCUGUUCUCGUAGCAGCAAACCCACUGGGAACUCUGGGCAAAAGUAGCCAUGAUGGAUUAAAAUUAGGCAGCACUGACAGGCAAACAGACAGACAGACAUCCCAUCCCCUAGAAAAUAAGGAGGACUUGUCAAAGGUGGGACCUAAGGGUGGCAGCUUGCCUCCAAUACCUCUCUCUAUUCCUGACCUUCCGCUUCCUAAUGGACGACCUCUCCACAGUGCCUCAUCUGGCCAGGAGAAACGUAAGGAGAUCUUUAGUAAGGACACACUCUUCAAACCUCCUCCUAGUCUCCCUUUGUCUGGCUACAGCUCUCUAAGAAAACCCCCAACCCUCGCCUCCUCUACUCUGUCCUCAUCCUGUGAUGCACUUGAUUCCCAGGAGGCCUUUGAUGCUCCCAAACCUCUGGUGGCCACACCAUCGGCUCCCUCACAGGGGGUUGAACCUACCACCAGUGCUGCAGAGGCCUCUUUUGACUACUACAACGUCUCAGACGACGAUGAACUUGAGGAGGGGGGCACUAAAGUACGAGGAGAAGACGAAAAGACUGGAGGAGGUGUUGUUGGGAUGGGAGGCGGUGGAGCAGGGACCAUGCAGUGGCUAUUGGAAAGAGAGAAGGAGAGGGAUCUACAGAGGAGGUUUGAAAGAACCCUCACGUUUCCUAGUGCUAAAGAGAACCUUCCAGAGCCCAGUCAGAACCAGCAGUCAGCCCACUCUGCUAGGCUGGACAGCAUGGACUCCAGCUCUGUCACUGUUGACAGCGGAUUCAACUCACCACGAACAAGGGAGAGCCUAGCGUCAAACACUUCGUCCAUAGUGGAGAGUAACCGUCGACAGAACCUGGCUCUGAGCCCUGGCCACCUCGGCAUCACUACUGGCAAUGGACCUCCCUUCUCCUUCCGUGCCAUCCCAGAACCUGCUGGCACACAACCGGAGAAACUCCAGAAGCCUAGCACCUGCCUUGCGUCAAUCACCAGCGUCUAGGAGCAGAACUAAGGGCUGGGUGGAGCACUAAGAGCCACUGGACAGGGGCCAGAAGAAUAAAAGUCCCACCCCCAAGGACUGUUAGACCUUUAGACUGACAGACUGAAUCAGUGGAGCUGGUACAGGCCCACUGUGGAACUAAAGCUGUUAACACACAUAUACUCACGCGCACACACACACACACACACACUCUCACACUCUCACACACACACUCUCUCUCUCUCUCUCUCUCUCUCUCUCUCUCUCUCUCUCAAACACUGACAGAUAGAGGAAACUGCUCCCUGUCACACACAGAUACAUACACUACACACCAGGCCACUGGGCAGACUCUGACCAUGUCAUUCUACAGCCUCUAGUUUACACACUGCUCUUGUGUUUUUUCACUUAAGUGUGUGCGUGUGUGUGUGUGUGUGCGUGUGUGUGUGUGUGUGUGUUUGGGGGAGGGGGGGGCGUGUUUGUAUAAUCUGUAAUCUCAGGUCAUGUUAUUUCCACUCCCAUUCCACCAUUCCAGCUGCUCCAGAUCAGUACACGCCCCUCUAAUGGUGACACCUGGUAUUACACACUGAAGAGACGCCGUUCUGCUAGUCUGACUGCCAUCAUUGGCUGAAUUCUUUCCCCCUUCUACAAUCUCCACUACACUAUUUUUGGAAGAGGGUUUUUCCCCCCUAUACCAGAAUGAUAUGGGAUUCAGUCAGACCUUUCUCCAGUGAUGGAACAGUGCUAAAACAAAGUGUGGAGAUAGGUCUAGGCUACAGGCUAUUUGAGGCUACAGCUCUGCUGAUUACUGCUGGUACACUCACUGAUCCAUCUCUUACUCACUACUUAUCUUUGCUAGCUCUCCUCUAAAAUUCAGACACCCUAGGGUGCAGUGCCACAGGAAAUGACAAUGACCAACAAACACCCCAAAAUGCAACAAUGAUGUGAUGUGCUUAGUCAAAUGAGUAACUUCUAACCAGGACUGAUUUUACUAUAACAUUCUUUGUGAUUGUGUCAUUUUUUUCAAUUACAGACUGUUUUGACUGACUGAAUUUUCAGGUAGACAGAUCUUCCACUUUUUCUCUCUUUUUAUGUUACCCCUCAUUACCCAUGGUUUGCAGCUGUGUCAUGUUUCAACUCCGUCCUAGGUGCUGGUAAACAGUCCUCUGCCAUUCCAGCCAGUGUGCCAACCUCCACCCUACACACACACACACACACACACACACACACACACACAAAGAUACGACUUUAUUGAUCCCUGGGGGGAAAUUAUCAUGUUACAACAGCACAGAGACAGGCUUAGUUGCAAUGAAACAUAUAGCAAACUAUUUAAAAUAAAUAAUUAAAUAUUAAAGAAAUCAGACAGGUGACAUUAAAAAAAACAACUAUAUACAGUAUAUACAUUACAGUAUAAAUGAAUUUAUAUACAGUGUAUAAAUGCCUAUAUUUGACAGUUAACAUAAAAUCAAUAUGGUAAUGGCAUGCUGCAUUUUGUUACUGACUUUGUCUUUAUUUACAGUCUUACAGACAGUCUUUGUCUUAGCUAGACUAUUUUUUAUCGUUUGUUCAGAGAGUCACUUCUCAGUGGUGUUCAGAUAGAGGCUUUUGAGGUCCUGCAGGUGUCAAAGUUUUUAACAGCUGGCAUAAAGAAUUUAUUUCAAGACCAUAGCUCUGGGGAUAUCACCAGUAUCCCCACAGCUGUUAUUUAUUAACUAAAAUACUAUUUAAAAAGUUAUUCCACAGUCUGUAGUUAUAGAGCAAACACCUAUGUGGCACAGAAAACUAAAGAGGGGGCAGAGGUCAGGUUGAAGUUUAACCACAAGACCACAAGACAACAGCUGCAAAGUUCUUCCAACAAAUUAGACUCAGUAUUUUAUGAGGCAAGUCAUUAACAAAGAAAUUAAUCUGAACAAGACAAAACUUACUGCUUCAAAUGACACCAAUAACUCACUCACUCACUAAUAACUAAAUAAUUUCUAAUUUUAAAGUCUGUGUAAAAGCAAUUCUGAGAUUUCUUUCAUACAUUAAUAUGCUGUAAAAUAGUUGCUGAAAACAUGU